UCCAAAUUUUCUCUCUCUGAAUUCUGAUGAUCUUCAUAUCAUAUCUCUUUUGAUUUCUCUCUCUAAUUUUUACCUACCGUGUCUUCGUCUCUGCAAAUUGCGGUUUCGUUAAGGUUUUUGUAGAAUUUUCUGUGAAUUUUUCAAGUAAUUUUUUUACAUCUGGGUUUUAGCAUUAUUGAGCUUGUUGAAGUAGUUCAUGAGGAUAUGUAUAUGAUGAGUGUGAAAUGCUGUUUUUGUUUCAUGAAAUUUGCAGAAAAAACGGGGAAUUUUUGGUGAUUUUUUUUUUCAGUUGAUGGAUUAGGGGUUUUUAGGUUUUUUUGAAGUAUGAAUAGAAGUUUUAGGGCAGAGGAAUCGGCGUUAAGGGAGCUGCAACAGCAAAUGGGGAGCUUUAGGAAUUCGGUAAUGAAGGAGAAGGAGGAGGAGCUAGGUUUGUUUCUCGAAAUGCGAAGACGGGAGAAGGAAAGAAAUGAUCUUCUCCUUUUCCAGAACGGCGAUGAAUUUGAUGCUCCGCUUGAAUCAAGAGCAGGAAGUUCGCCUAUAUUCAACAUUGGAUCAACCACUAAUGUGAGGAAGAAUGGGACUGAUGAUUUCCUCAAUGCUGACAAUGACAAGAAUGAUUACGAGUGGCUUCUAACACCUCCAAGUACUCCUCUUUUUCCUUCACUUGAGAUGGAGUCGGAAAAAUCAAUGAUGAGUCAGCUGGGAACUGCUAAAGCUCGUCCAACUGCAUUGAGAUCUAGAUUAGCAAAUCCCCAGCCUGAGCCCUCUGGUAGAAGCAAUUUAGCAUCUAGACAGCCUGCUUCCGCUGCUGGAUUAAAUACUUCAAAUUCAGGUCUUCGAAGACCAUCUUCAUCUGGUGGAUCAAGACCUUCAACUCCAACUGGACGACCCACAUUAAGUGCAACAUCCUCCUUGACAUCAGCAACUAGACGCACAUCUACUGCAGCAUCCAAAGCAGUGACAUCCACUGCGACUUCUAAAACAAUGUCAACCACAACCACGUCUCGGCCAGCAAGGUCUUCAACACCAACUUCUCGUUCCACCUUGCCUUCUGCUAAGUCCACGGUUCCUACAAGAUCUUCAACACCUACAGCCAGGUCCAGUGCAAGGUCCUCAACACCAACCAGAAACUCCUCAACACUCACAACCAGGGCAUCCAUUCCUGGAUCGAAGUCCACAUCAAGGGCAGCAACUCCAACUCGUCGACCUACUUCAGUGUCCAGUACAGCUAAUGCUACUGCUCCUUCAAUUAAAUCUCCGUCUUCGGUAACACCAGCAACCACUACGGCAAGAAAUCCUGGAGCCUCACGUCCUAGUUCUCCAACUGUAAAACCCAGACCAUGGAAGCCUUCAGAUAUCCCAGGGCUCUCAUAUGAUGCUCCACCUAAUCUACGGACAUCACUAUCUGACAGGCCAACUUCAGCUACAAGGGGUAGACCUGGAGCACCAAGUGCUAGAUCUUCAUCCAUUGAGCCAGUUACAAAUGGAAGGGUUAGACGACAAUCUUGCUCUCCAGCAAGAGGACGCCCUCCUAAUGGUGUUGUGCGUAGCAGUGGGAGCUCUGUUCCUAUUCCAGCUAUGAGUCGAUUACAUGCUAAAGCUAAUGAUAAUGUAAGCCCUGGUAUGGUUGGAACUAAGAUGGUUGAAAGGGUAAUAAAUAUGCGGAAGCUGGCUCCUCCUGCAAAGCAAGAUAAUAAACAUUCUCCCCGUAAUAACUUAUAUGCGCACUCUGCAUCACCUGACAGUACAGGUUUUGGAAGGACAUUGUCAAAGAAAUCCUUGGACAUGGCUAUGAGGCAUAUGGAUAUAAGGAGAAGCAUCUCCGGAAAUCUGCGUCCAUCAAUGACUAAUAUUCCAGCAUCCUCCAUGUACAGUGUAAGAUCAGGACCUAACAGAACCAGGACAGUGAGUGUAUCUGACUCCCCACUUGCUACGAGCAGCAAUGCUAGUUCUGAAGUGAGUGUCAAUAACAAUACAGUGUGCCUUGAUGGGAGUGAAGUUGAUGAUGCUAUUAGCGGUGUUAAAGGUGUUCGAUCUCCUGCCUAUAUGCAUGGAAGGUAAUGAUUGCCCUUCGCUGGUGCAAGAUUAUAAAAUUAUAGUUUUGAUUCAGUGCCGGAAUGAGAGUUUUGGUGCUUGAAUUAUAAUUGUUUCCUGGGAAAAAUCAAUGCAUAUGGUCUCCCACGUUAUGUAAAGAUUGAUGCACAGUUAGCUAUGAAAUUUUAAGCCAGCCUAUUCUCGUAAGUUAUGUUGUGUGCUUAGAACCAUUUUUUGCAAACAAAAAAGCUGGUUCUGAAGUGAGUAGAUGAUUCCCCAGUUGCUACAAGCAGUAAUGUGCCUUAAUCUA